AUGGAGAUAAUUCGCCCCGGUUUCGCCGAUCGUCCCCUUCCCAUCCUCUCCUACGGCAUCCCCUUUCCAGAGGCUGCAGCCCGGCAUAUUGUCAACACAUUCCAAGCCCGCCGCGUGUAUGUGAUAUGCUCUCGGUCCCUUGCUGAGAAAACGAGUAUCCUAGAAGAACUGGAUCGCGUCUUUCGGACAAAUUCGAUAUCCAUGGUCGGCCAGCGGAUCGGGAUGAAACCGCACACCUUGUGGUCAGAGGUGUUGGAUAUCGCUGCUGAAGCAAGGACCUCUGAGGCGGAUGUGUUUCUUACUAUCGGCGGAGGCACGCUGACUGAUGGGGCCAAAUCGGUUGUCUUGGCCUUGGCGAACAAUGCUCGGACUUUCGAGGACUUGCAUACACUUGUCGAGCGACAAGAGGAGGGAUCUGGUGGUGAAUCUAAGAGCUCGUCUUGCAUGCCCAUCAUUUCCGUCCCCACAACCCUUUCCGCCGCCGAGUACUCCAGCAUCGCCGGCGCAACCAACGAUUUAACCCACUACAAACACGUAUUCCAGUCCCCGAGCCCCAGCCUUGUCAUCCUCGACCCGCAGCUUGCCGCCUCCACGACACCUGCAUCCAUCUGGUUGAGUACCGGCAUCCGCGCAGUCGACCACUGCGUCGAGACCUUCUGCGCCGUUCAAGGAACAACAGCGGCGUCCAAUUCCUUAGCUCUGGCAGGAAUUGCGAAUCUAAUCCCAGGUCUUCUACGGUGUGCUCGCGAUCCGGAUGGAAUCGAUCUUGACGCAAGACUCAGCUGUCAACUUGGAUCUGUUAAAGCCAUGGCUGCUUGCUCAACAAAGGGGAUUGAGAUGGGUGGUAGUCAUGGAAUCGGUCAUCAGCUAGGUCCCCUGGGCGUUGGUCAUGGCGACACAAGCUGCAUUUUGCUUCCAGCAGUUUGCAAGUAUAAUGCUCGUGAAGGCGCAAAUGCCGACAAACAGGCCCGUCUCUGUACCUUCCUUGUUGACCAACCAGAAGUCGAGAAUGUACUACGCUCUCACGGGUUGGUAAAAGGGAAGGUAGAGUUGGGUGAUGUAUUGGAUGCUAUAAUUCGGGAACUGGGACUGCCGCGGUCGUUAAUUGCGGUGGGGGUCAACCGGGGUCAGCUGGAUGCCCUGGCAGGAAACAGCCUCCGCGACCGAUGGUGCGCGACGAAUCCGGUGCCUCUUGUAAACAAGGGACAGAUCUUGGAAAUUCUGGAAAUGGUGAUGUGA